AUGGUCCAGAAACGUCCUCUUGUACUUGAACCUCAUGUAUGGCGACAGCAUAUCAACCCUCCUACUGAAGCAACCUUUACCGGCCUGCUAGACCUUACGAUCGAUAUACCCUCGAUCAUGGCUAGCGCUCAUGAGCUGCUUCAAACCGAUGCCGAGUCUGUCGAGUUAACCUAUUACAUCAACCUGCUUCUCCAGAAAUGCAAUGACCUCGAUGGCUGGCGGAUUCAGUACCAAGAACGAACCUGGGCUGAAAGCAAAAUUCCUGUAUAUUGGUCCGUCCCAGCUCGGGCCAGUAAUCCAGUCGAUAGUGGCGAUACAGAAAAGCUGUUCCCGUUUGCACUUAUCUUCUCAUCCAUGGGAGCAGCCAGUGCGUGGAUAUUCGGCUCUAGCAUAAUGCUAGAUAUCCUCGAUACUAUUCUCCUUGGUGCACCAAACCGUAGCAGUACUAACCAGGCUGAUUCAGAGAAGAUAGCCCGAUUACUUUGCCAGAGCAUAGAAUUCUGCUAUCGAUCUGAGAAUGGGACGUUUGGUCCGCAGAUAACUUGUUAUUCUCAAGCGACGUUGUUGAAAUACUUUGCUCGCCGGGGGCUUGAGCGUGAGUUGGAGUGGUGUAGGAAUAUCCCCAACAUGAAGUGUCCAGGAGCAAGCUUUGCAAUUGAUCUGAUGCAGUUUAAGGCGUCAUCAGCAUAA